AUUCAGGAAUAUGACUCUAUGGUGGAUACAAGGACUUUUAAUCCUGUGUACAGUCUCAGUGGGCUCAAGAAAAAGUAACUUUGAAGUCCGCUUUGAGUCUAUUGAACCCGUGGAAGGAGAUACAAAAACCCUUUUUAUAUACCAGCUACGAUUGCUCGGAAGAGACCGCAAGAUAAAUAGAAGUCUUAUCUUUUUAGAAGACUUGGACGAAACGUUUGACAUUCUUUUAGAAUCCCACGCAUUCAAGAAUGGAAAUUGGGUCAAAGGAAUCGUGAACGUCGCUAGCAAACCAUGCGAUUUUUUCAAUCGCUACUACCUUUCCUAUUUCCGAAUAUUAUCCACCGAUUCGAAUUUACCCACUACCCGUGCUGAAAUAUGUCCUUUUCGAAAAGGUACGUAUUUUGUGAAAGACGGCGUUGUUUCUACCGAUGAUUGGCCACCUAUUGUCUUCAAAGGCCUAAACAAAUACACGAUUUCGUAUCUUAAAGAUGGCGAAAGAACUGGGGGAGUUGAGUUUACAAUAAGUAUAUUAGAAAUCAUCCCAUAG